AUGGAACCUCGAUUCUCGCUCCCAGACUCAACGCCUCGUUCGAGCAAAACAGAGCUGGUGAUUGGCGGGGUUAAAAUUUAUAUUUAUGGAUUAGAAGAGUUGAAGAGAGGGUCUGGGGUUGAGAUAGGGGUUCUGCAUUUGGCUCAUAUGCGGACAAGGACGUAUCUGGUUACGGAAGCUAUUGCGCAUGAGGUUUUGCAUCGGUAUAGAAGUGAUGGGAGGAAGAAGAGGUUUGAGCUUAUUGCUGUUACUAUGGAUAUGAGGAAUCAUGGGGAGCCUAACAAUAAUUCUAGCAUGGACCUACUAUCCGUAAUAUCAGCCUCAACCCAAGACUUCAAACUCAUCUUGGAUUAUCUCCCAACCUACUUCCCCCAAUUCACAAAACUCCACAACAUAAUGCUCGGCAUCUCCCUCGGCGCCCACACCUCCUACCGCCUCGCCUCCCUAGCACCCUCCCAAAUAGAAGGCUACGCCAUCGUAGUCGGCUGUCCCAACCUCUCCUCCCUCCUCCUCACACGCCUAGGCAUCGACCCCUCCCUCCUCAACACCACCACCGCAGAACUAGGAAGCAUCCCGUACCCGCACCUCGAAAAAGCGAUGAACAAAGAGCAAAAGCGGCGCUGGCCGCGCGCCCUCGCCGAGUUAAUCCGCGAAGGCGAUCGAAAGGUGUACGAGGAGUUCCCAACCGAUGUCCCGAUGUUGAUAUGCGGCGGGAAACAGGAUCCGCUGGUCCCGACGCUCCAUACGGCGGCGUGGUUGGAGAAGAGGAGGGAGCAUGUUUUGGUGCCAGGGGAGGAGCGGAAUGUGGAGGUUUUUGUGCAGGAGAAUACGGGGCAUAGUUGUACGAAGGAGAUGGUGGUGGGGAUUGCGGUGUGGAUUGGGACGUUGUUUGAGGUGAAGGUUGUUGAGAGUACGCCUGUGUUGGCGGAGGCGCGGUUGUAG